ACGGAGCAGUGUGAGGUCCAAAAAGGGAAAUGUUUUUAGCUCGUAGUAUUGCAGCGGACCACAAGGACCUGAUUCAUGAUGUUUCCUAUGAUUUCCAUGGCCGGAGAAUGGCCACUUGCUCCAGUGAUCAAAGUGUCAAGGUUUGGGACAAGAGUGAAAAUGGGGAAUGGAUCUGCACUGCCAACUGGAAGACCCACAGUGGAUCAGUAUGGCGGGUGACCUGGGCUCACCCAGAGUUUGGUCAGGUCCUGGCUUCCUGCUCCUUUGACCGGACAGCUGCUGUAUGGGAGGAGAUUGUUGGGGAGUCUAGUGACAAACAGAGAGGACUCCGUCACUGGAUCAAGAGGACCACUUUGGUUGACAGCAGGACGUCUGUGACAGAUGUCAAGUUCGCUCCUAAACACAUGGGUCUGAUGCUGACGACAUGCUCAGCGGAUGGGGUGGUGAGGAUCUACGAGGCUCCAGACGUGAUGAACCUCAGCCAGUGGUCCCUGCAGCACGAGAUCUCCUGCAAACUCAGCUCCAGCUGCAUCUCCUGGAACCCCUCCAGCUCUCGUGUUCACCCUCCCAUGAUAGCAGUAGGCUCUGAUGACAGCAGUGCUGUGUACAGUGGGAAGGUCCAGAUCUAUGAAUACAUUGACCACACAAGGAAGUACGCCAAAGCCGAGACCCUGAUGACUGUGACCGAUCCAGUUCAUGACUUGGCCUUUGCCCCAAACCUGGGCCGCUCCUUUCAUGUACUUGCCAUUGCCACCAAAGAUGUUCGCAUCUUUAAACUCAUACCAAUGAGGAGAGAUGCUACACACUCUUCAACCCCCACCAAGCUGGAGAUACAGGUCCUAGCCCAGUUUGACAACCACAACUCCCAAGUGUGGCGAGUCUCCUGGAACAUCACCAGCACUCUGCUGGCCUCCUCAGGAGAUGAUGGCUGUGUCCGCCUCUGGAAAGCCAACUACAUGGAUAACUGGAAAUGUACUGCCAUUCUGAGAGGAGAUGGUAUCCCAGUGAACUGUAGUCAUGAUGUGGUCUCCCAGCAAUCCCUGCUGACAGCCUCCUCUGCUGAAAGAAGAAAGCUCAGCUGAUGUCUAGCUAAUGGAGGUAGCGUGUUGCUAGCCACUGCAUGAACAUCCAUAGAAACAGCACUACUCUCCCCCUACAGACCAACUGCCCAACAACACCAAAGAACCCUUUUAACUUAACUUUGUGCUAGACAAGGUUUUAGAUUUCUAGUAGUUUUUGAGUUCUAAAGUGGGACUGUGUAUGUAUGAAAACAUUGACUGUUACUCCAGGGAACGAUGGCUCCUGUAGAAUUUAUACAGAGGCACUUAUUGGGAUCAAACACUUUAUGGACCAAUGGAAACUCACACCAAUUGUUCUGUCAAGACUACCUCCUUUUGCAGGUACUGUUGCCAACGGUUUCUUUGCUAUUUGUUCUAAAAUACUCUUUUCAACAUACUGUGUUUGUAUGUCCUAGCAAAAAAUAUCAAAUUCAAAUCAAGGCACAGUCAUUUCUUUUUAGUCAUUUAACAACUGCUAAAAGUUUCCUUCAUUCCUCCAGUGUUUAACCAAUCAAAGAUUUUGCCUGACUAACUAACUAACCUGAAUAAAUAAAUACCACAAUUCUCAAAAGUUAGAAUCAUCUUUUUCACGUCAUCUUUAUUUUUCAUUUCCAGGCAGCUACUGUUUGCUAAUCUUGUGAUGGAAAAAUUUAAAUUGGAACUCCAAUGCACCUUUCCAUUUUGAAAUCACUACUGAUUUGAUGGAAUCUGCCAAUUAUCAUUUUAAAAUGAAAGUAGCAUUUGGUAAUUGACGUCAGGAGCUGUGUUUGCUGACAUGCUGUUCCAAUGUAAAGGGAUGUGAACCUGCACUUUAACAUAUUCUGAUUGUCAAUGUGCACAUUUAGCAAUUGCGCCACAAAGCCGAAUCAAGUGUGAUGGGAAAAGAGGACAUGCCUUUUUUGAUUGACUGUUGCCUAUCGCUGUCAAGCAAAAUUAAUCUGACAUUUGUAAAUAUUUAGGCCUCCAAGCCACAACAGGGUCAUUGACCAAUGUGCCCCCUUUAAAAAUAGAAGGUACGCUCUGAUUCCCCUUUAAAAAUAGAAGGUACGCUCUGAUUCCCCUUUAAAAAUAGAAGGUACGCUCUGAUUCCCCUUUAAAAAUAGAAGGUAUGCUUUGAUUCCCCUUUAUAAAUAGAAAGUAUGCUCUGAUUCCCCUUUAUAAAUUGAAGGUACACUUUGAUUCUCCCACCCACCAAAUCGGCAAAAGAGAAGCAAUAAUAUGGGUGAAAUUAUACUUUAGUAAAGGUGCAAGAAUAUAUGGGGAGCAGCUAAGAGAGCUUUGAGUUUGCAAAUUAGAGUCUUUGCUGACUGUGUUUGUGGAUGUCAUUAGUAUGUUGUAGUUAAUUAAUUUAGUAAUACUAUUAUUGUAUUAAGUGUUUGAAAACAAACUAUUUGUUUUAUUUUACCUGCGUGGAAAAUAUUCCUCUUAAGAUGUUUUAUUUGUUUGAAUUUCAGUGUUUAUUUUGGGACAUAAUUGAGAGUGGGGUGAAAUUGACAGUGGGUUAACUAUAAAACUGUCUAUGGUGUAAUCUGCUGCAUAUGUCUUCUCUCUCAGUGAAGUCUUUAUUAAAUACUGCCAUUUUUGGGCUGUAGUCUGUGUACUUGAAUAACAUACUUAGGACCUGCAAUUUAUCUGAGAGGAGAAAGUAGCAUUGGUUGAUAUGUGCCUAUUGUGAGCAAAUUGGUAGUGUUAUAUUAUAACCAGACUGCCAACUUGACCAAAUAGCCAUAUUGUACUCUGAAAAUGCAUGAUGCCAAGACGUUUUGGGGCCAUUAAAAAGAAUCUCUGAGGGAGCAUGCCCCUAAUAGCUUAGCCACCCCCAUCCAUACAUCUCUAGUGACGUCCAUGUCUGAAAGUAUUCAGACUCCUUCACUUUAGAUGUUUCUAAAAUGUUAUUUUAGCCCUACACAAAUACAUGUCUACCAACCGUUCCUUUUUCAUUUAUGUUUUGGGUGGUGAUGGCUGUUCUUUUAAAGACAGCCUGCUGAAUUGCAGAGGUGAUGGAGGGCAUCAACAAUUGCAUUCCGGUCAGUAAUGAGCCCAGAGUCCACAACAAUUUAUUUUGGAAAUAAGGAGGAACUGUUUUUCAGGCUUUUUACUGCUUUCUAGAAUUUGUUAGGAUUCACCUCACAAUCAGAUAAUGUGUGUAAGUAGUAUUCAGUUUUUGCCAUUCGAUCAAGACAGGUUUGGUUUCACUAAAGUAUAUAAUAUCUAGUACAUAUUUUCUAACUCAGAGCUGUAUCUUUGUUCUCCAUCCUGAUGCAUCAUUAUUAUUUGAGACCUCUGUCUUCCAUAGGAGCAGUCAGUCACCCGGCGUCUAGACAGUGUGAGAGCUAGAGAGAAAGGCUGGCUAUUGAUUGGCUGCAAGCUGACACUUCAGCAACACCGUUGUUGGAGAAGGAGCAUGUGGAAGCUCCUUUAAUGCAGUGCCUGUCUAGCACACAAUCAUACUAUUAUAGGCACUCAACACAUGAACACAAAGCCAGACAAAAAUCCAUAUUGGGAUAUUUGGUGAAUCAACCAUAAAUAAAAUGACAAUAUUAAUGUAUGACCUGCUGGCUUAAAGAUAUUCUGCCAGUGAUUGUCUUUUUGUUGAAGGUGUCUGUCUGUCUGUCUCUGUUAGCAGUUUUAUGGUGUUUUAUCCAAUUAAAGAACCAAUUCUGUGAA